AGUGAUCAAUAAUGACGAUUAAAGGUGUUGUUGAUGAGUGUCAGGCCUGUGUGUGUCGUCUGAAGAGCCCUCUGCUGUAUUAUUAUUGUUUUCAGCUUUCAAUAAUCAUUAAUCCGCAUAAAUGAGCCGUGACUGCCGAUGUAUUGAUCAGUUUAUUGAUGAUUGUGUAAUAUUCUCCACUCUUCUGUUCAGCGAGCCCCAGUGUGAUGGCGUCUGGUGUGACCGGCAGUGUUUCAGUGGCUCUGCAUCCGCUGGUGAUCCUCAACAUCUCAGACCACUGGAUCUGAAUUCGCUCGCAGGAGGGACGAGCCGUGCAGGUUGUCGGAGCUCUGAUUGGUAAGCAGGAGGGCAGAAACAUCGAGGUGAUGAAUUCCUUUGAGCUUCUGUUUCACACCGUGGAGGAUCAGAUUCACAUCGACAAAGAGUACUACUACACUAAAGAGGAGCAGUUCAAGCAGGUUUUUAAGGAAAUGGAGUUUCUGGGCUGGUACACGACCGGCGGCUCUCCAGACCAAUCAGAUAUCCACAUUCAUAAACAGGUGUGUGAAAUCAUCGAGAGUCCACUGUUCCUGAAGCUCAACCCCAUGACCAAACACACCGAC